GCAGUAGCCAGCUGAUGGAGGAGAGAGGAGUGGAGGGGAGGAUAAACGCAUGCACUUUCAGGAUUAGUAGCAGUGUCCAUAUAUAGAGCGUGUGUGCGCACUGAGCGGCUGCAGCAACAGUUUCCCUGCUUCAACACAAAGUUUUCUCCAAUGGCUAAUUGCAAGCCCUGGCUGGUGUGCUGCUACAUCUUGGCUGCUUUACUCAGCGCGGUUGCUCUCGUGGGUAUGUGCAUCGUCUGGCUCGUGGACAGAGAGUGUCCAAGUGGAAGCUUUACGCACGCGGCUGUGGCUGCAGACUCACUACGCUGCUCUGAGAUUGGCAGGAACAUGCUCCGGCAGGGGGGGUCGGCAGUAGAUGGCGCCAUUGCAGCUCUGCUGUGCACAUCUGUGGUCAAUCCUCAGAGCAUGGGGAUCGGAGGAGGAUCUAUAUUCACCAUAAGAGAUAAAAAAGGCAACGUUAAAGUCUACAACUUCAGAGAGACCGUCCCGAAGUCUGUUAAAACAAACCUGUUACAUGACUGUCCCACCUCAUGGAAACUGAGCAAAGGCAGCCAGUGGAUCGGCGUUCCCGGAGAGCUGCGUGGCUACGAAGCAGUUCACAAAAAGUAUGGGAAGCUGCCUUGGGCCAAGCUGUUUGAGCCGACAAUUCAACUGGCCAGGAAGGGCAUCUCUCUGCCGCCGUAUCUGGGAUAUAUUCUGAAGCACUCCGUGGUGAAAGAGCACGUGGAAAACACAUCUCUCUGUCAAGUUUUCUGCCACAACAACAAAACCAUUCUGAGCACAGGAGACAUCCUGAAGUUCACUAAACUUGCAGAAACCAUGGAAACAAUUGCAAAGAAAGGGGCAGAUGCCUUCUACACUGGCACGAUAGGACGUGACUUAAUCAAAGACAUAAAAGAUGCAGGUGGAACUUUGAAAAAAGAGGAUCUGGAGUCCUACCGGGUUCGGGUGCAGGAUCCAUGGAUCGUUCCUUUGGGAAACGCUCGGAUGUACAUCCCUCCACCACCUGCCGGGGGUCCCCUGCUGGCCUUCAUUCUCAAGCUGAUGGAAGGGUUCGCCUUGACCCCAAACUCUCUGCACGAUGACCAGAAGAUUCUGACGUACCAUCGUUAUAUAGAGGCAGCUAAAUUUGCUAAUGGACAAAGGAAGAGCAUUAAUGAUCCUCACUUUAAUAACGGAAAGAGUGCAGAUCAUCUGAUUGAUGCCUCCUUCAUUAAUCGCAUCAGGGACAUGAUCUUUUCAAACCGCACCAAUAACAAUAACUCCUACUACUUCAAUGCUAAGCCCUCCCGUGAUACCGUUGGGACGACACACGUGUCCGUCUUGGAUGAAGACGGACUGGCCGUCUCUGCCACCAGCACCAUAAACCAGUUAUUUGGAGGAGGCGUUUACUCUCCACGAACGGGCAUCAUCCUCAACAAUGAGCUGGCCGACUUCUGUGGGAGGGCAAAGACAGUGACGGCGGGUGAACAGCCUCCUUCCUCAAUGGCUCCAGUAAUACUGGAGACAGAGUCUGGAGGACUGCUUGUGAUUGGUGGAUCUGGAGGAAGCAUGAUUACCUCAGCAGUGGCCUUGUCUAUGAUAAAUCGCCUGUGGUUGGGGAUGAAUCUGAAAGACGCCAUUGCUGCGAAAAUAGUGUUUGUUAAAGCCGAAAACGAAGUGAAUUUUGAGCCUUGUUUUGACGAGCCUGUGAAAGAUAGCCUCAAAGCUCUUGGACACAAAGUUGGGAACUGGAAAUUCUUCCUCAAUGUAGUCAAUGCUGUGGAAAAGGAGAAAGGAUGCAUUGUGGCCGCAUCGGACAGCAGGAAGCAUGGGGUGUCAGCUGGAUACUGACCAUACAGACCACGAGGAAGCACUAAACUCUGCCCUAAACACUGGCUGAACCUUUAGCCUUAAGAAUAUUGAAUGUGCCA